AUGGGAAAAGGAAGUUCAGGUAUUAAAAAAUAAAAAAAGAGUAAAAUGGGUGGAGAAGAUUAGAACUACGGAAAAGUUGUAAUUUGUCUUCAUUUUAUUUUAGGGAAGACCAAAAAAGAAGAAAGAAAAUAAUGAGGCAACUCAGGAGGUUGAUAAAAGAUAAUGGUUUAAUGUAUAUCGGGCUUUGCAAAUGCUAACUCUAAUAUGUGAGAAGGGAAGCUUGGCUUUGCGGUACAAGACUGGUUAAAAGAGUAAUACAAUGGAGGAGUCGACAAAGACGAAGAAGAGUGAGGAAACGAGAAAGUUGAAGGUACUGGAUAAUAUUCUAUUUCUAACAAGCAAAAACUUAAGGAUUUGAAGAAACAUUGCAAUUAUGAGGAGAGAAAAUUGUACCUCCUCAUUGAUAACAACACUGAAAACGUUUAAAUUGAAUUGCCCAACGCUGAUAAUGAUGGAAUUAUUGAGGACAUGGAUAAAAUCUACAAAUAUCUUGACAAGGAGUUUUAGGUGUCAUUUCUGCUGAUUUUGCAAUCUUACCUCGAGCAACACGAAUAGGAUUCUUUGGUUUUGGCAAGGGAAAUAGUUUAAAAAAUGAUGGAGUAGAAGGAACAACACAAGAUGCUGUUGAACUUGGCUCUGAUUAAGACGAACAUUGAGGAAGACUUGGAUUAUGUGUUGUAAUUGGUAUGAGAUGUAAAUUAAACAUAUAUAGGCUAAUACUACUUCUGGAUUGCAGUUAUAACAACAUGAGGUGAAUGAGAAAUGGGUUAGUGAGGAAAUUAAAAUAGUGGAAUGGUUGGUUGCAUUCGUCGAGAAGAUAAUAGCAAUAUUCAAGACAGAUCGGUAAUGAAAUUAACAAUCC